AUGACGUUUGCAGGCGUGCAGGUGGCUAAUCGCGGAUGGUCCGGUCAAGUUUGGCUCGGACUGGUAUCGGCAGCUAAUCGCGGAUGGUCCGGUCAAGUUUGGCUCGGACUGGUAUCGGCAGCUAAUCGCGGAUGGUCCGGUCAAGUUUGGCUCGGACUGGUAUCGGCAGCUAAUCGAGGAUGGUCCGGUAACGUACCGACUAAACUGCAACAGCGUCCGUUCAGGAACGUGGAAACUUGCCGCUCGCAAUUCGGAAAAUACGCUUUGCAUCACUUCCGUCUCAGUCGACUGCAAGUUAACGGAUUGGUUUUCUGGGCAAUUCAUCAUGAUCAUACUAGAAUAUAA